AUGGUGCUGCACGACCAGGUUGAUCACGCGGUGCAAUUUGAUGUCGGUCCCCGCAUUGCAAUUGAAAAGAACAAUUUGUUCACUCAAAGUCAACCAUGUGAUGUAGCUUGUCGAGUUCUGCAAUAUGGUGCAUUUCUGUUCAAAACAUCAGUAGGGAUCAAGGAUUUCAACCAGCCCGGUCAGGUUUAUUGUGCGAUGCAUUGGGAUCCGGAAAAUAAUAUAUGCCUUCGAACCAAUACGGAACAACACGGAAAUGAUCAAACUGGACGUCCAGGUUCAUCACAGGGUGCAAUUCGAUGUUGA